GCUUCCUGCUUGCUUUGCCUUCAACAAAAGCGAAAACAAAAGACAAAGCCUCUCUCUCUCUCUCUCUCUCUCUCUCUCUCUGCACCUCAACCCUCAUGGCGACUGAAGACGUUACUAGUAAACCGAAAUCACUCCCUCCUUACCCAGAGACAGACAAAAGAUAAAUAAAAGGAAUAAAUAAUAACCAGUUGUGAUAAUGCUUGAGCUUUGGAAUUCCAGAUGAUUUUGAAAGCAAUUGAAGCAAUGAACGACAAGAAUGGCUCGAACAAAUCAUCUAUAUCAAAGUACAUUGAAUCGACACAUGGGGAGUUGCCUGCUGGGUACUCAGUACUCCUCACACACCACCUCAACAAAAUGACAGAGAGUGGAGAGCUGGUCUUCUGGAAAAAUAACUACACGAAGCGGGACCCCAAUGCCCCUCCCAGGCGGGGCCGUGGCAGGCCGCCAAAGCCGAAGGUCCUACUGCCAACUGGCAUGGAUUUGGCUCCAGCGAGGCCUAGGGGCCGGCCACCUAAGGACCCAAAUGCACCUCCAAAGCCGCCCAAGAUGAGGGUCUCAACGGGUAGUGGGAAGCCAAGAGGGCGGCUGAGGAAGAUGGCAAGGCCCAGUGGAGGAUUGGGAGGAUCGGUAACAACAGUGCCAGCAUCUACGGCUACUGGAAAGCCGAGAGGUCGGCCUCCAAAGGUGAAGGCUCCGGUGACUGAAGUGAGUGUUCGACAAUAGACACUCUUUAAUGGUGGCUGUGGUAAUCAACGUCCUUGGCGUCUUCAUUUGUAGGAUUGGGUUGACCGUUGACGUUAGUUCUAGUUUAUAGUUUCCCAUUUACUUUCAUGUACAAUGUAAUGUAGCUGUUAUCGAGGCUUGCUUAGUUUCUAAUUCUAAUAGAGGAUAUGAUGGCUAGUUCUAAUGA